GAAUUGAUUAACUGUUGUUGAACAUUUCGAUCUGAUUAAAUUAGUUAAUUAUUCACUUGUGUAUCUUUUUGAAUGGUUAAUUAGGUGUUAAUUAGUUUGGGAGGUUUUGAUUGUUUACUUGAGAAGUGAAAAAAUGACUCAAUGUUUUUUACUUUGUUGGGUCUUAGGAUUUUGUGGUCACUUGAAUUUGCAAUGAAAAUUGUGAUUAAUUGUUGAUUUUUCUUGGGAAUCUUGUUAAUUUUAAUGAUAUUGUGUUGAUUAGAGGUUUGAAUAUAAUCAAAAGUGAAACAAUUAGUUAACCAGGAAUUGAAAACCGGUUCCAUUGCUCAGGCUUGGAAAAUGAAUGAACAUGUGACUUGUGUUUACCAAUUUUUGCUUUUUCUGUUUUAAUUGUUUUGAUUUGUGUUUCUUUUUUAAAUUGUGCUAAUUGUUGAGAUUAAUUUUUUUCUUUCAUUUUAAUUAGUCAAUGAAUAUCUUAAGAUUAACGUGAUCCUGUUGUUAUAUUGAUUAUUUGUCUUCCUCCAAGAGGAACAACUCAAGUUAAUCUACCAAAAGGAAAACAUAUCAACAAAUAUAAUGUUUUCCCUUUUUUAUGGUCUAUGGAAAUAUCUAUUCAAAAAAGAUGAAUUCUAUGUGCUAAUCCUUGGACUGGACAAUGCUGGUAAAACAACGUUCCUUGAACAGACUAAAAUCAAAUUUAAUCGUGGUUACAAAGGUGUUAAUCUUAAUAAGAUAACGACAACAGUUGGAUUAAAUAUCGGAAAGAUUGAGUAUAAAGGGAUUGUCAUGAACUUCUGGGAUCUCGGUGGACAACAUGAGCUCCAAUCUCUUUGGGAUAAGUACUACUCUGAAUCUCAUGGUAUUAUCUACAUAAUUGACUCGGCAGAUAUUGAACGGGUUGAUGAAUCUAAGGAAGCCUUUGAUAACAUGAUUGCCAAUGAACAUUUAGCUGGUAUACCUUUGUUAAUUGUUGCCAAUAAACAAGACAUUCCGGAAGCUUUAUCUCUUGAUCGGAUUAAGACAAUAUUUAAAUCAACUGAUCCCAAAAUUGGUCAACGAGAUGUCCAGUCGAUAUCAGUUUCAGCAUUGAACAGCCAAGGAAUCAGUGAAAGUAUUGAUUGGAUAACUAAUUGUAUUAAAUGUAAUUCAGAAUCCAGGCCACCUCAUAAUGCUGAUGAAUAGACAUCUACUAAUUCACUAAUCAUCUUAAUCACAUCAUCACAUCAUCAUCAUCAAAAUGAACCAAACCAAUUGUAUAUUAUUGAUAUUCAAAUGAUAAUUAUUUAUCAUCUGAUUAUAUAUUUUUUAUUUAUUAUAUAUAUUCAAUUACUGAUGAUACUCAUACCUGUCGUUAAUUGUUAAUUGGUUGGUUAUAUGGACGGAAUUUAAAUUGUUUGCUCAAAAUGGUGUUAAUCUAAUUAUGUUUUACAACAACAGGAAAAUCGAGAUGUUUUUAAUCAAUUGUGAUAAUAUUCGUGGCUUGUUGAUUGUGAGUGUCCGUUAGUUGGUCAAUUUAUUGUAUUAGAUUGAUUAAUCGAAUUGGAAUUUACUUGACAAUCUACCGAUCAAUUUGAUUUCUAUCUGAAGCAAUUUAACUAAAUGAAGACAAUAAUCAUUGAGUGUCACUCAUGUUGAUCCUGGAAUUGUUUCAAUCAGCAAUAUUCAGCUACUCGAAUCGCUGAGUUUUCUUCAAGUUAAUUAACUAAUUUACUUUGAAGACAAUUAUGCCAUAAAGAGAGAGACUAAUUCGCAAUUGACCAUUGGACACUUUGGACACUUCGAUCGAGCUCAUUGAUGUUUCUAAAAUUCGAGCUAACCAACCAUCUAAAAAAUUCUAUGGACUCAACUCGAACGCUGAUUAAUUUGAGAGAGUAAAAUAUCAGUGAUUACAUUGGUCAAUAGUUUUCUCCUAAUUGUUUCACUUUCUACGUCUUAAUUGUUACAAUCAACAUUGAAUUUUCAAGAGUCUCUAUCAUACAGACAGAUGAAUAGAUAAACUUUAUCUCAUGUCUUCAACCCAAUAAUUGCAAUUCUUAAUUGUCAUUUAAUCAUCUAAUCUGAUGGUCGGAUUGCCGAUUAAUCAAAAAAUCAAUCCAACAAUCAAUCGUUGGAUUAGUGAAUCAAAAACUGAAUCGAAACAACUUUUCAAUUCAUCCAUCAAAUCCAACUAAUUAAACUCUAAUUGUCGGGCUGUCGUUUUUUUUUAUUAAAUUCAUUGAAGCCAAGACUUGAUUUAAUCCGCUAAUUAAAACCUCAAGAUCAAACAAUCAAAACAUUUAUCACGUGUAAGUUAUUUACGAUUAAUACGAUGAUUAAAUCAGAUUAAUUGUUAUCAA